UCAAGGUGCACGGCAAUGGAGAAGAGCCAUUCCGCUCGGCGCACAGCUUUUCAAUCUUGCCAUCUUUGCGCACACUUGACCAUCAAUCUUUCCCAGUCUUGCUAGUAUCUUUUUAUGAUACUCCACGGCGUCACAGAGCUGCAUAAAGUGUACUCCUCGGGCGUUGACCGCGCCAAGACUCGCGAAGGUGGCCACGGGACCUCAUCAGGCGCCCCUUUGGACUGAUCGAACCUGAGCCAGGCCAUAGCCUGAUACUGAUGACCCCAGAUAUGCAGAUGGCAUAACAAAGGCAAGGCCACCGCACGCACAGCAACCUCCUGUCCCUCUUUCCUUUCCUCUACAUCCAUCUCUACCUCCACCGCGACUUCCACCCUGCUCUCUGCCCCCGCCCUUCGCCUCCAACCGAGUUAUUGCAUCUCUUCCACCAUGCAUGCUGCACUCAAGUUGGAUGUUGUCAUCGUUGGCGCUGGGCUUGCAGGGAUCGCGACGGCAUUCAGGUUGAGCCAAGCUGGCCACCGUGUACGAGUUCUGGACGAACAUGAGAUGAGAGAGAGGGGUCGCACCGCCGUGCAUCUCCCUCCAAAUGGUGCUAGAAUCCUGGUGGACUGGGGAUUUAAGGGCGACCUCGAGUCCCGUGGACACAAGAUACGUUACUCGAUGUUCCGCAAUAUGGAGACCGGAGACAUGAUUGGACCCCAGGAAUGGCGGGAAGACGUUAUGCGCGAGCUCGGUUCCGACUACUAUUUCAUGCAUUAUCACGACCUUUAUACGAUGCUGUACGAUGCUGCGAUCAACGCAGGCGCACGCAUACACCCCAACACACGGGCAGUGAAUGUCCAAACGAACCCUCCUCGUGUCACCCUCUCCGAUCGGACCAUUUUGGAAGCCGACCUCAUCAUCGGCGCUGACGGGUCUCAGAGUCUGGUCAAGAGAGUUAUGUGUGGAGAAGGGGACGUAAAGCCGGAGGGGCAUACGUUAUUCACAGGGAUUAUACCCACGAAUUUGAUGAAAGAUGACGCCGAGCUGGCGCGUAUGGCGGAGACGAAUCGUCAAGAGUGGCAGUUUUGGCCAGGCACCUCGAGACACACCGACGGCGUACUCAUGCGUAACGGAACUGAGUUCGCUCUUCACAUACACUAUCCUAACGAAGAAACUCUCAGCCACGAAACCGAUGGCUGGAAUGACGAGCCCUGGCGCGGGCCCCGCCCAAAGGCUGGCAAUACAAAACUACAGCGCCUGAUAGACCUGUGUCCUGAGAUGCACGCUCAGAAGCUGUUUACCCGGGAAGCACCCGAGAACUGGACAGACGAGUCCGGCAGACUCCUCCUCAUCGGCAACGCAGCACACCCCGUAUUCCCUGGCUGGGGUUACUCCUGCGCCAUUCACCUCGAAGACGCAGAGGUCCUGGGCACACUCCUCGCCCGUAUCAGCCACGCGUCGCAACUUCCAACUCUGUUAGAGGGAUUCCAGGAGCUGCGCGAGCCGCAUCUACGCUUCAUCCGCGACACAUCCUGGCCGCGCUUCUUCGAGACCGUCAUGCUCCCACCCGGCCCGGAGCGCGACGCGCGCGAUGCAGUGCUCAGGAGGCCGCACGAGGGCAAGACGUGGGAUGACAGCAUGCUGCGUCGGCAGUUUGACACGUUUGUGGGUGCAUUUGGGUACAAUGCGCGCGAUGUUGCGGAGAACUGGUGGACGACGUGGGGUCGCCUGCUGAGGCAGCGGAGCAGGGGGACGCUGCACGGAGCUUCGGGGCCGAUGUGCAGUGUGCCGUCGUUCCAUGUAACGAUGGAAGAAGCGGUGCAUGUUCGUGCGUCUGAGCUUUGAUGAAGGUUAAAACGUUAAUGUCUGGGUCAUUCAUGAGUGCCACGAAUUUUAUGAUGCAUUAUAUUCCACAUUGUUAUUAUUAUUGUACGAAAAGCCUACGCAGACAUGUAUCUAUUAUAGUCCUUGGAAGCAACCUCUCUCAGCACGGGAAACUUCACUCGAACAGUAUAUUCAUUGCCUG